AUGUAUGCAUUUUCGCUUGGUUUUGUUAUAUUCAUCAGUAUUGCGUUUCAGGUUCAACUGAGGUCGUUCCAGUACGGAAUACGACGAUCGAUGGGGGCUGAGGUGGUGAUUGAGUUUGAGGGGGUGAACCUGUUUAAGUUUUCCGAAAUGGCGCGUUACAUACAAAUAUAUGUCCCGCAAGUCUCGGGGAUAGCAUUUCUUUCCCAUGCUAUUUCGCCCAAAUUGCACGUAAAAAAUGUGACCUUAGUUUCCCCUGGGCGAUAUCAAGAGGUUUUCAUGGGUGAGUUUCGUGCGAUCUCACCCAAUUACUUUGAGGUUCUUGAUAAAAACUUUCUUCGGGUAAAGAAGUACAAUCGAGAAAGUCGAAAAUAUUCUCUUUCAGGUGCUCUGUACACAGUGGACAGAAAUAAGAUUAUUGUUUCUACUUCUGUGUAUUCAUGCCUGCAGUCGAAGUCGUUUGCGGAUGGGAUUUUGCUUGUGAUUGGCUUAAUAACGGAUGGUAUUAAACAAACCGUGGAGAAUGUGCGCUAUGCUUUAAAACCGUCUGCGGUGCUGGACGCCGCUCCUCAAGUCACCAUGUCAAAGUAUCGUGGCAUUACUGGCACACUAUUGACAUCAUUUCCUUCUUUAGCUCGUUUGAGUGCAACGGAUUACCUCAGUGUUCGCAGCUUAAUGUUGUCCACAGUGAGUCUACGUGUUUCAAGUAAAGUUGAUGUGGAGUUUGUAUCUCAAAUGAUGUCGAAGUAUCUUCGGCGUAGUCGAAUCACCGAGUUUCAUAUUCGUGAAGAUGGAACAACAGUGCAGUAUUUGGGUAUUGCGGAGCGUAUUAUUGGCUUUUUUUUUACAUUUACACAAGUUAUCACCAUGGGAAUCUGUUUUUUUUCCUUACUUGCAAGCAUAACAGCAAAUGUAUCAGAAUCAGUCAAGGAAAUCGGAAUUUAUCUCUGCAUUGGUAUGACUAAGUUUCAGAUCCACAGAAUUUUUGUCUGGGAGGCGUUUGUUAUCAUCAUUGCUUCCGCUGCUUUGGGCCUGGUGGUGGGUCUUAUAGUGGGAUAUAGCAUGCAGCUUCAGAACGAGCUCUUUUCCCAACUGGAUGUCGGUUUUGCAUUUCCCUAUCCACAGGUUGUGGUUAUUAGCGUGAUGGCUGUUGGAGCAGCUAUGCUGUCUAGUUUUCCCCCGGUGGCAGCCGUCCUCCGCCUUCCAUCCAUUACCCACAUCUUGCGUCGAACGACCUGA